CGACACUGACUGAAACACCAAACUACUGCAGCAACAUCCAACCCUAUAGGGAAGGAAGAAAAAUACUACUCCACACUUUUCUACUACUACUACUACUAGAUGCCAUCACCAGAAAUCUACUGAAACUUGACUGAACAAAAUUGCGUGUUUUUAUUUGAUAUUAACUUGCUUCUAAUCGUACUUAUUUGAAACCAAUUCUCUAUGUGCUUGUGCUUAGCUGAAGAGUAAUGAAAGCUGUAUGUGAUCCGCAAAAAAAAUCAAAUUAGCAGAAAAAUUAAUCAAGCGAAAUCAAUCAAUUGUGAUACAAAAGAAAAUUUUGGCUUCCUUCGAACCCCUAUCUUAAUGAGCUAAGCUUUUUCUAUAUCGGAGUGAGUAGUAUAGAACUCAUAUCACCCUGGCAAAAAAGGGGUUCAAAUAUCAUUGAAUCGACGAAUAAGAAAAGCGUAACGACAAACUUGAGCAAUCCAAUCAAUCAGUAUGAAAGAAAAUGUGAUCCUGGAGAGUGAUAUUUCAUGGUGGAAAAAGAAGUGAUAAUAAUUGCUGUAUUAGGUAAAACGACCGCCGAGGGACACAAAAGUUCGGGACAAGGGAAUGUGUAUUGCUCUCACAAGAAUUGCGGUGCGUCGGUUUUCAUCCUAACAAUAGCCCAUACCGUUGCGACAAGUAUAAAGCAAAAAAAAAAGGGACAGGGCCUUAUUGUGUCGCGAGAUCGAUUACCGAUUCCGAGUCGGUGGGUGGUGGUAGGUGGAAUAAACAAACAGCACCCAGAGAAAGCGAAAGGUACUUGGCCAUCGUCACAAUCUGUUGGGGCAAAAGUGUGAUUAUAUAACCCAUCAGCAUCGGGAAUCAUCUUUCGGUGUUGAGCGAGAGAAAGAGGAGAGGAAACGGUAGGAGACUAAUAGCAGUAGGCGAGGCGAGAGCGCGUUUGUCUCAGUGAUUGGUAGCAGCACCUCCGGAGUAAUGCCCAACAACUGCUGUUCACUGCCGGGGGCAUCCUGGUAGUAGGCGCUGCAGAACAACAAGUCUCGUAAAGCCAAAAGGAUAAAUGUAAAUUUUUGCGAUCACAGAAGGCGGCGGGUGUUGUCAUUUCGCUUUUGGUGCCGGAAGAGAGGCGUGUUAGUCUCGGAGGAAACGCUAAAUUUAGCCACAAAGCCACGAGUUGUGGCCCACGACGUUCCAUCAUCCAACAUCAAAUCCACCUGCCGCUGCCGGUGAAAUUUGGCUCAGCGCCGUCGUGAUUGUUUGCUUCCUGAUUCCCCCGAUAGAUAGAUACGUAGUCGCUUUGAGGGUUUCGAUUGUGAACCAUAUUUGGCAUUGAUUGGAAUCGGAAUCGGAAUAACACGAGUCCGACCAAAUGACGAUCCCGGUUGAGUACGCUCCGACCGCCGAGGCAUCGGAUGAUGAUCCCAUUCUGUUCCUGACGAGGCGGAGAGGAAAACAUGUUUGUCCGCAGCAAGGAGCACAUCCUACUAGUGUACAAUAAUAGAGUCGUUACCGUUGUCGUUGUUGUUGUUGAUGUUGUUGUUGAUGUUGAUGUUUGUUCAUAGUAGCAUUUGUUGGAAGCUUUGGAAUACCGAGCGCAUACAUAAACAUCCCUCUCUGUGGACACUUCUUUCGGACUGGGAGAAGUAGUCGACAGCAGCAGCAGGAGCAAAAGCACUGAUAGAUAAAAGCAGGGAGCUACAGCCGUCAUCAUGGGUAAUGGAAUGAACAAGGUAAUGCCGGGGUUGUACGUAGGCAACUAUCGGGAUUCGAAAGACUAUCAACAGUUAGAUCGUUACCAAAUCACGCACAUCGUCUCAAUACAUGAUAGCCCAAGGCGUUUCCAUCCGGAUAAACACUACCUCUGUGUGAUGGCCGCCGAUACACCGGACCAAAACCUCUCGCAAUACUUUUCCGUCUGUAACGAUUUUAUACACGCCGCCCGGCUCAAGGAUGGCAACGUGCUGAUCCACUGUCUGGCCGGAAUGUCCCGCUCGGUGACGGUGGCCGUGGCAUACAUCAUGUCCGUUACACCACUCAGCUGGAAGGAAGCGCUCAAGGUGGUGCGCGCAGGUCGUGCCAUCGCUAACCCGAAUCUCGGCUUCCAGAAUCAACUGCAGGAGUUUGAGUGCUACAAAAUAUUAGAUGAAAGAAGACGACUUAAGGAACGAUUUCCCAGCAUAGCUUUGGAAUGUAAUGAUAGAGACCAAUGCUUUAUAGCUUUAGAUAAUUACGAAAUGUUGCUAGAAAACAAAGGUAUUUGCGAAGGCCAGUGUAAAUUUGCUAAAGAUUGUCCAACAGGAAUCUGCCGUUCGGAAUCACGUGGUGGCCUCCGUCGCAAGGGAAGUACAGCAUCGAGAAAGCAAUAUAACCUCUCUUCAUCACCAUCGACAUCGUCUCAACUGUCCGUACGAAGCGCUGCUCAGUCCUGUCCGACUUCACCACGGUGCUCCAAGAGUAAUAAUGGUGGCACCCCAGGGCAACGGAACAAUCCCCGGGUGGCCGGGGAGUAUGCAGCUGAGAUCGAUAUUGGCGAACUGUCCGAGCUGAGACGCAGUUCCAGCAUUGUUAGUACCUUCAGACCUCGCAGCAGUCCGGCCGGGCUCUACUCCUAUACGGGUUCUGCUCCACCGUCCAUCCAUGGUUCACGGGUCGAUUUAACCAGCGGUACCGGAUCGGCCAUCUAUCUCGGUGCCAGUCCUCCAUCAGCUAGUCCUUCACCCGGAGUCAGUCGCCGUGUUAGCCUAAGGUCACCGAAAUCUACCCCCAAAUCCACCCCAGAUUCAUCACCAAAGCCUUCACCGAAAAGAAUUGCCCCAUCAAAAGCCUCUGCCAUAUCACAAGCCACUAGUAGUUGUAGCAAUAAUAGCAACAGUGCAUCGCCGAUGAAAACUGUUGGCAGCUCAAAACCGAACUCAAAACCACCAACCGCUUGUGGCAGCUAUGCCACCAAAUUACCAGCCAGGGCAUCACCUUCCCUUUCAUCCCUAUCGCAACAGCCACCAUCGAAACUAGCAGAAAAAUCCCCUAUCAAAAGCACAAGCAACAGCAGCAGCAAGAAAUGACAGGCACCAAAUAAUAGAACAUAAAAUGUGAACGCUUGUUGUAAAAGCUAAAAGAAGAAUCCAAAAAAGCAAAAAUCAAAUGUCGAUAUUUUUUGUCUAAACCAUUAAUAAUGAUGAUAUAUUUACCACACACCGCAAAACAAAGAAAAAAAACAGCACACGUGUCACAAAGUGAGAGCAAAUGAAAUAAAUUGAAUUGUGAAAAAAGUUGCGAAGCGCAAUGUUAGCAUGAAACGAAAAUCUAAAUUAAAAAAAAUAACACAGCACUCCCCGAGGGGCGGUAUCAGUUGGAAUAAUUUGAUAAUAAUGGAGACGCGACGUAAUCCACAGUAUAUUUAGCAAUUUUGUGAAAUUUUAUUUUAUACGAAAACGAUAAAGUGCAAGAAAACGGAAUACCAUGUUUUAUUGGCUUGUACAAAAAAGAAAAAAA